AUGGAAACUAUUUAUAAUGAAAAAAUAGUGGUUGGUGAUUUCAUUUCGUCAUCUGAAUGUUCAAAGUAUCACUUAAUUGAAAGUCAAAUAAAUUCUACACCUUUGAAAGUGUUUUUAUCAAAUUCAUCAUAUUAUUCUUAUAUAAAUAGAGAAGAAGCUAUAAAAUUAGAAUUAAAAAGUCAUCCAUUAUUAAUAGUAUCACAUGAAAGUUGUAAAAAUCAAUUAGGUAUUGCUUAUAUAUGUCUUGCAAAUGUUGAAAUAUUAGGAAUACAACAACAGUUGUUAUUAAGAAUUACAAAUAAUGAAAAAUUAAAUAUGUUUGGAAAUGAAAUAAAACAUGUAUUUAAUUUAAAAAUUCACUCAAAACAUUUCACCAUAAAAGAAAAUCCACAACUUUAUAAAAAGGGUUAUCAAACUUUUGAAAGGUUAUUAAAACAAAAUGGUUUAACCAGAAAUGAUUUGAUUUCAAUUAAAGAUUUAGAUAAUCUAUAA